CAGAAGAACUGGGCGGCGCUGCAGGCGGAGCCCGCCAAAUGCGACUACCUGCGGGAGGAGGUGGGGACGGCGGCGGCCGGCGGCCCAGCGCGGCCCCCGCGGCAAGGUCGGCGGCAGGAUAGCGGACAGGGUGUUUGACAUCACCAGAACAUUUCCUCUUGCUUUGGAUGUUGGCUCUGGAAGAGGUUACAUAGCUCAGCAUUUAACCAAGGAAACAGUUGAAAAACUUAUUCAAGUUGAUAUUGCCGAAAAUGCUUUAAAAAAUGCUGUAGAAUCUGAAAUCCCUGUGGUCAGUGUUAUAGCUGAUGAAGAAUUCCUUCCUUUCAAAGAAGAUACGUUUGACCUUGUUGUUAGCAGCUUAAGUUUACAUUGGGUGAAUGAUCUUCCUAAAGCUUUUAGAGAGAUUCACCAAGUUCUUAAGCCAGAUGGAGUAUUCAUUGGUGCAAUGUUCGGGGGAGACACUCUGUAUGAGCUUCGCUGCUCUUUACAGCUAGCAGAACUGGAGAGAGAAGGGGGAUUUUCUCCUCACGUAUCACCCUUCACUGCUGUCUCUGAUUUGGGACAUCUGUUGUCAAGAGCUGGCUUUAACACCCUGACUGUGGAUACUGAUGAAAUUCAGGUCAACUACCCAGGGUUGUUUGAGGUUAUGGAAGACUUGCAAGGUAUGGGGGAGAGUAAUUGCUCUUGGAAUAGAAAACCUCUGCUACACAGGGAGACAAUGUUGGCAGCUGCUGCAAUAUACCAAGAAAUGUAUGGAAAUAGUGAUGGCUCAGUACCUGCCACGUUUCAGAUCUACUACAUGAUUGGCUGGAAAUUCCAUGAAUCACAGGCAAAACCAGCUCAGAGAGGUUCCGCAACAGUUUCAUUUGGAGAUCUGGCAAAAAUAGAUGGACUCCUUUCCAGAGGGAAAAAAUAAUUCUUCAUCAGAAGUAACAGCUGUCUUGAAGCUUCUAGAAAACUUCUCACUGAAGAUGCUCUUCACUCAUGCUUAUUUUGUGAUGGCAUUUUUAAAUGAUCUGUGCACAGCAGGGUGUUCUUUGGGUUUUUUU